GUUCUUGGUUGUCAAGCUAUUUUCUCAUCGCAGUGUGCCGUUCUGGCGCAUACUAUGUAUGAAACAUUACAGUUUGGCGUGUGCGUUGUAUUUUAUUUUAGACAAGACUUGACGGCUAUUUAAAAAACUCCAUGGCUUUCGAUUGGUUAUCGCUAUAUUACUGGUUUGGUAUUUCGUAAACAUCAGAAACGAAACAAGACGAAAUAUUAGUCUAAUGGGAAGAAAAUAAAUGAUUCAAGCAAGUUUAUUCCUCAUCUGUAACUAAUUUGUGUCAUUGUAACCUUUAUUCUCAAUACUUUGGGAAACUAUGGAGGAGAAGAUGGAGAGUGAACAGAGUUAUAGUGAAGAGAGUAGCAGUAGUUCUUCCGAUAGUUCCAGUGAGAGUUCAGAUAGUGAAGAAGAGUUAAUGGAACCUGUUCGGCUCUUAGGCCAAACCUUGGAGCUACCUCAAGAUCUUUGUGAAGACCCAGCUAUAUUUAAGGAGUUUUUCUCAAUGAAAACAUGGGAUAGCUUGGAAGACAGGCAUAAGGAAUACCUCAAAGAAUUGUUGCCAAAGUUUACAGAAAAUGAUGAGGAAGAAAAGGAAACAACAAUAAAAAUGCUUUUCAAUCAUGAACCAUUUCAUUUUACAUCACCUUUAACUUGUUUUUUUCGAAAUUUAAGACAAGGUAAUUACAGACCAGAUAUUGCCAGAAUGAGGAAGUUUUUGACAAAAGCUAGAGCUAAGCAACAAAGGCACAAGAUAAAGUCUUACUAUGCAAAGUUAUUACCUGAAGUAUUAAUUUCAAGAGAAAGAUUAUUAGCUGUAGCCAAAGCUGCACCGCCUGGCCCCACUCCUCAUGUGCCAUUACUACCACCAAAACCAUCAACUAAAAACAACUAUAAGCCAAUGUAUGUGCGGGCUAAGCAUAGGUAUUUUGAAGAAUUAGCGGCUAUAUGGAGUGAGGUUGGCGGACAAGAAUCUGAAGAUGAAAAUUACCCUGAAGGGCCCCCAGAGCAUUUCUUAAAAAAGAGAAAAAGAAAUAAUGCAUUACAGAGUGCUGAUACCAAUGUCUCUAGUACUUUGGGAGGGGCUGAGGUCACACAUCCUUCUUCAUUAGCCUGCUUAAAAAAUGUUUUAGCUGCACACAGAGCUAGGAGACAGCAUAGAGAGACUCAUCCAGAGUUGAAUACCACUGGUAUUACUUUAGAUGAUAUAAAACAGCGAGUAGCAUUGAUGAAUGGAGCAAAGAAACUCAUGUUUGGAGGGUCUAAAACUGAUAUGCCAUUACAGAAGAUGCGUAAAGGCACUAAAAGAGAAUUACAUCAAAAAGCUAAAGAUUUUAAAUUACCCCUCAAAAAGCCUAAGGAUGAUGUUGAGAGCAAUGAGAAUAAACUUUUACCACACAUAAAGAUUAAAUGUGAACAAGAAGAGACAGAUUCUGAAAGUUCAUCAUUCUUCGAUCCAACAAAUAGCCCAAGGCAAUGCAAAAAACUACUGGAUAAUGUGGAAAUUAAACAGGAAAUAAACGAUUAUGAUCAUGCAAAUUCAAGAUAUUAUGAUUUAAAAGAGGAUGGGAUAAAAAAGGAACCUCAGGAUGGACUGGGACAAAAUUCAAGGAUACAUCAACCUGUUCCAAUUAAGCUGGAAGAUCUUGAUGGAAUUGACAUGAUGGCGUUACCAGUAGAGCUAGCUGAUGAUUCGGGUGACGUGUUGGUGGAUUCCACGGACGUGAGAGAUGAAGACGAAGCACUGACGGAGACGACUCACGCGAAUUUCCUAUCGCUAGUGCGAGCGUUGUUCCCGGCUAAAGCGGCUCAUAGAGCAUCCAAACAUGAGUUGUAUACGCGAUGUGCUGCUGUCAUGCGAUCACCUAUUGCACCGCUCAAUACUUGGUAUAAUUUGUCUGAUGAUUGGUGUGCAGAGUUAAGUUCAGCAUUGGACUUUCUUGCCGGAGAGAGAGGACCACAUCCUGAUGAUUUUGUUCCAUAUCUCCAAUACAUGCCUGACACGCAAGUGUACCAAUGGAUAGGCGCAGGACGAGAUUGUGAUGCAAUACUGGGCCGUUUGUGCGAUAGAUGGCUUCGGGCAGCUGCACCGCCGUCGCCGCCUCCCAGCAGGUAUCCAACAAACUGGGUUGUGCGACAGCCAACUACUUCUGAAAUAACUGAGUUCAGGGCUCAAGAACGACGUAGAUUUGCGUCCGCUUCCAAACCAUUUACAUAUAUCCAGUAUGGGUACCGAUCGGUGGUGGGCCCGGCGAGCGGGGUGCGCGCGGGCGGCGCGGGCGGCGCGGGGGGCGCGGGGGGCGCGGGCGCGGGCGGCGCGGCGCUCGUGGCGGCGCAGCGCCCGCGCGCCGCCGGCUUCUUCGCGCUGCUGCGGGACGCGCUCGCGCGCCUGCCCAACGGCGAGGGCACCCGCCGCGACAUACUCACGCUGCUCAAAAUGUCCCAGUGGAUAAUUCCAUGCAGCGAUCAAACAUUGGCAUCAGCCAUAUCGACAGCUUUGGAUAGACUCGUGUCUGUAAAACGGGAUCCCAUCGUCAAAUACGAUCAGAGAACAGCAGUUUGGACAUAUCUACAUAGAAAUAGAACUGAGGAAGACUGGUUGAAAAGCAGCAAUGCUCGUAAUCGCGCCAACAAAACACUUGCAUCAGAGCCUCCACUACAAUCUCCGCAAACACCGGUUAAUGUUAGUAAUAUGGAGUUAGAAGUUGGUAGCAUGGAGGAAGUCGUCGACAAUGCUUCCGACAGCGAUGUGGACGUCGACGAUAGCGGUUCCUCGACAUCAUUGCCCCAAUUGUCUUCUGCUCAGCUCCUGAUGCAAGCUACACAAGCAACGCAACCGAAACCGUUAACGCCUAAACCGAAACCGAAACUGGUUCCCACACCGCAAACACCAAAAACCGUUAUUAAACAAUCCCCACAGCGGAAGCAGACCCCACAACCGAAAACGCCAAACGUUAUUAAAAUCAAUCAAGCUAAACCAGUGUCUCAAGCAAAGACGAGUCUAUUAACGCCGAAACCAAAGACGAAACAGAGCAUCAUGCCAUCGAAGCCGUUAGUGAAGCAAAGUGUUCCAUCGCCAAAGCAAAGUGUCCAGUCACCGAAACAAAGUGUGCUGUCACCUAAACAGAACGUACAGUCACCAAAACAAAGCGUUCAAUCGCCGAAGCAAAGUGUACAAUCACCAAAACCGAAUCUGAUACAGAGUGUUAAACAAAAUUCGUUCUCCAGUGAGACACUAUCCAAUGUGCCCGUGGUAGCGCCUCCACAACGGUCACCAAUGGUCAAACAGAAGUCCUUGCCCAAGAUUGAAACGUCACAGAUUUCGGCGACUGCAUCAGGAUCUACCACACCGCAAGUAUCUACAGUUCUACCAACGUUAUUACAAAGCAAUGUUUCCACGGUGCUUCAACAGAAUUCUGUCAUUCAAACUUCAAAGGUGUCACAAGUCACUAGGUCUUUAUUAAUAAGACCACCGGCUGUACAAACUACUGCUACGGUGUCUGCGGUUACUGUGUGCACACCAUCUGCUCAGCUGCCAUCUAACACGAGACGUGGAGUUGUAAGAGUGUUGAGUCCGGCCACACCAUCAUCUGGGAAAUCUCUCAUUUCGCCGCGGGCUCUUAUGACACAACCAGUAACAACAGCAAAGAAGCGACCAUCGUUACCGGGGACAUCGUGUGUUACGACUAUCGCGCAGAGUACGCCAAAUGUCACAAAUGUGGUCAGCAGUUCGCCCACAGUAGUAACGUCGUCGAUAACGACUCGCACUGUGCAAUUGGCCGGCGGUCGGACUGUGCAGUUGUCCAAUCAAACAGUUCAACUCGCUGGUGGCCAAGCAGUGCAAUUAUCGGGACAUACCCUACAACUUUCGUCUCUACAACUUCCAACGCAUAGCGUCCGCUUACCGAGCGGUCAAACUGUCCAAUUGGCCUCCCCACAAACCGUACAAGCAGUCCGGGCCGUCGCCCAGAAGAAUCCCAGCCCGAGACCCCAAUCGCCAACAGUCCGACCGAUCAAUUCAGUUCAAAUACCAGUCUCUACAGUUCAACUGGCCGGCCAAACAGUUCAAAUAGCGGGUCAAACGGUGCAAUUGGCCGGUCAAAGUGUUCAACUUACCGGACAUACAGUGAAAUUGCCGAGCGGCCAAAGCGUACAAGUGGCGAGUCAAAGUGUUUUGCCAACGCAAAGUGUGCAACUACCCUCGGGCCAAACGGUCCAAUUAGCCAGCGACAAUAUACAAACGAUGUUGAAUACGCAGAAUGUUCAAAUGGCAAAUCAGAGUGUUCAGUUGGGUUCACAAACUGUACAUAUAGGUAACCAAACUGUUCAGCUGGCUGGGGGUCAAACAGUCCAAUUGCCUGGUGGUCAAACCUUACAAUUAUCCAGUGGGCAGACAGUUCAACUAUCCAGCGGACAGACCUUGCAAUUGGCUAGUGGACAAACAUUGCAAUUGGCUAAUCAAACGCCGAAAUCAAUAGCUCAAGUAGUAAGGACUCAAACUACCGGCGAGAAGACAAAUCAACCCAUAGUGGCAAAGCUACUAACCAAUGCACAGGGUCAAAUGAUAUCUCUCGAGGGUGUAAUGGGCAGAAGUGGGAUGGGCGUGGGCGUGGGCGUGGGCGCUGGGCGUGGGCGUGGCGUGCGCGUGCUCUCGCCCGCUACUCGACUCGCUCGACCCGUACUGCUCACGUCGAAACCGCUGCACAAUAUUAUACUACAGCAAAGUGAUGGCAGCGCUAUAAGAGUUCCGGCCAGUAGCGGCGCACCAACGUCGCAGACUAUCGUUAUAAGCAAUAUUGGAGCACAAACAGUUACAACGUCUACCACAUCAGCUCCAGUCUUAAAACUACAACAGGUGAAUCCCAUACAUCAGGUAAAACUAGCGCAGGGGAUAAAAAUACAGCAGGGUGCAGUCACAAAUACAUCAGUAGCGACAUCUAGCGGCGUUCGCAGCGUACUAAUGGACGGGCAACAGUUGAAACUCGUCGGCGGUCGACACGUAUUGGCUAGAUUAUUGAGACCGGCAAAUCCGAACCCGUGAUCUUAAAAUACUAACAAUGCAAUAUGUGAAAAAAAUAACGUCGAAUUAUAUAGAUAUAGAAAUUUCUGGAAGAGUCGAAUGUUAUGACUGGGUUGAGCUGAUAUGAAAGUAAACUGUUUAUGGGAUAUUUACAGUUAAAGUGUGGGUAAAGUAAAACACCUUGAUGUUCAAUAGAUAAUAAAGUUAUGAAUUGUGUUUUAUAAUAUACAGACAUUAAUGUUUGCCAAUAGUUUGUCUCAGAUGAUCAAGGACGUAUUAGUUUUUUAAGUGUUGAUAUUGAUAGGUAUUGCUACGCCAAAUGAUAUGUACCAAGGUGUUAUAAUUAUCGGAUAAAAAGUAAAGACAACUUUUAAUCGUUGACAGUUUCAAUCCAUGUAAAUUGUAAAUAGUAUCUUUUAAUAAUAAUAACGUUUUUGGAUGAGCAAUAAAUUGCAAGGCAAAUUUUUUACAUGUAUGAAUAUUAUAGUUAUUGUGUGGUAAUAGUUGAAAAGUAAGUUUUAAACAUUAAAUAUGGAAAUGUCUUAAACUAUUUAAUUUUGAAUUUUUAAUAAUUACGGUUUUUUGUAAAUUAAUACAAUAGUAGGCAAAUUUUUAAUUCAAAAUUAUAUUGAUGUUUUGUAAAUUCCAUAUUUAUUGGUGAAUUCAUUUGAGUAUUUUGUAUAUAGUGACAAAAAAUAAUAUAUAAGCGAGGCGAACCGUUAUUUAUAACGAUUUGUAUAUUCGGAUGUACACAUUAAAUAAAUUAUUUAUUGUGAUAUA